UGCAAAUGAAGCAAAGUUCUCAAUCAUUCUAAUGACAAUUUCCCAAGAAAUUACCUUCCCAAUGAUUCAUCUAAAGUUUUUAUCGUGAUACUUGACUAGUGAUAAUGACUUGUUAUUAUCAAUGACUUGUACCAUACGAUAGUCGGCGUUAUUGAAUGUUGGCUGUGACAUCUUGUCUUUGAUUCCUUUAAUUUAGAAUAAGAAAUGUCAGGUCUUAAAGAAAUAGCUUCCAACAAAAGUUUUGGAGGUUAUCAGAAAGUAUUCAGUCAUGAUAGUACUUCUUUAAAAUGUAAUAUGAAAUUUGGAUUAUACCUCCCACCAGACUGUGAUACAAAUAAAGUACCUGUCAUUUAUUGGUUGUCUGGACUUACUUGUACAGAACAAAAUUUCAUGACUAAAGCUGGUGCCCAGAAAUAUGCUUCAAAAUACAAUGUAAUUCUUGUCAUGCCUGAUACAAGCCCAAGAGGUGUUAAUAUACCUGGAGAAGAUGAUAGCUAUGAUUUCGGAUCUGGGGCAGGAUUUUAUGUUAAUGCUACUCAAGAACCUUGGAAAUCGCAUUACCAUAUGUACACUUAUGUUACAUCUGAAUUGCCUGAAAUAAUAAAUUCAAAUUUUCCUGCUGAUCCUGAUCGCCAAAGCAUUAUGGGUCACAGUAUGGGAGGACAUGGAGCUUUAAUAUCAUUUUUGAAAAAUCCUGGAAAAUACAAGAGUGUUAGUGCCUUCGCUGCAAUCUGCAACCCUUCAGAAUCCUCCUGGGGACAGAGAGCUUUAAGCGGUUACCUUGGCGAUGACAAAACAUUGUGGGCUCAGUAUGACGCGACCAAAUUGGUUUCUAAUUAUAAUGGGCCUCCAAAUGACAUAUUUUUAGAUCAGGGAUCAAGUGACGAAUUUCUAGAAAAAGGUCAGCUAAACCCACAGAAAUUUGUAUCAGCAUGCAAAGAAGCCCAGGUACCGGUUAUCCUUACGAUGAGAGAUGGAUAUGACCACAGCUAUUUUUAUAUUGCUACUUUCAUCGAAGAGCAUUUUAAACAUCAUGCUAAAUAUUUAGGAAUAUCCUCUUCAUAAGAAAAUUGCUUCUAUGGCUAUGAACAAGAUGCUUCCAACUACCAUGUGUCAUUAUUUUGUUUUUAUUUUAUUUUACUUGUGUUAAUAAUUUCAAAAAUGCAGGAUAGCCAAAAAUUUAAUUCAAUAAAUUUCAGUUAUUCCUUGUAUAUUGUCUGUUAAUACUUUGGAUGAAAUAUUUUAAAAUUAUGUUAUUACAAUUGGAUUUUUUUUUAUACAUGGAAAAAAUAUAUUUUGUUGAAAAAUAAAAAAUAGAAUCAUUCUCCAUUAAAGAAUUAU